AUGGUAAACUUGUUAUCAGCCUUGCGUGUGGCGUUGCUGAUGCUGGCCCUCUUCGGCGUGGCGCAGGCCUUCAUGCCGGUUGGCGGGGGCACACAGACCCACACCACCAUCACAGGCACCGCCGUGCUCAGUAAGGUGAAGGAGGCAUGCCAGGCUGUAGCAGAAUCCGAGGGCAGGGAGUUCAAACCUACGGGCUCGUCUGCGGAGGAGCUGCUGCGCGCGUGUCUGGGCACGGCCACCGGAGAGGUGUCGGCCGCCAAGUUCCACACGGCGCUCAACCAGAUCUACAUGCAGAACGGCCUCGUGGACCGCGAGCUGGCCCGCAGCCCCGCCCACCACUUCAACAACGAGGCCUUCGUGCAGUCCCGCAGCAUCAUCACCGAGGGCACCGUCAGCGUCAAGGCAAACGUCCGCAACGGCAACUUUCAGACUGCAAGGGAGACGCUUGGACGCGUCUGCCACACCUUGCAGGAUUUUUACAGCCACAGUAACUGGGUGGAUCUGGGCUACAAAAGUCCUUACACAACCCUUCUCCGACCAGACCUCCCCAUCGAUAAUGUCGCAGACAUUGAUACUCCUACAUGCAGCGACUGUGCCAGUGGUACAUGUCCAAACCCUCUCCUGCCUGAUAUUCUGGAGAAGAAGAAACUCACCUCUGGAUACUUGGGGCUGGAGUCUGCUACCAAGCCUAAAGGCAAGUGCAGUCAUGGGGGAGCGUCUGACCUGACCAGCGCUGUGGAGCCUCGCGGGGGACUCAGCAAGGACGAACGCAGAUCGGACAACGGAGCCCUCCAUGAUGCCGCUGUGGCCGUGGCAACGCAGGCCACUCUGGACCUUCUGGAAGACAUCCGCGGGGCGGCGGGCAACAAGGAGUUCCUGCGACUGAUGGGCAUCGCUCGCUCGGCGGUGCUCUGCUUUGUGAUCGACACCACGGGCAGCAUGGCAGAUGACAUCGCAGAGGCGAAGAGAGUUGCCACUCAAAUCAUCGAUACCAAGAAAGGGACAGUUGACGAGCCCUCUGAAUAUAUCCUUGUCCCGUUCAAUGACCCCAAGUUUGGGCCUCUGGUCAGGACCACUGACCCUGACGUAAUGAAAGCCAAGAUCGCUGGCCUGGGAGCCGACGGAGGUGGGGACCUCCCGGAGAUGUGUCUGUCAGGACUGCAGCUCGCUCUGACUGGGGCCCCACCUUCCUCUCAAAUCUACAUCUUCACGGAUGCUGCUGCAAAAGACAUGCAUCUUGAGAAGACCAUCAUUUCUCUGAUCCGCAGCACAAAAUCAACAGUGAACAUAUUCAUGACUCCAAAAAAAACUCGCUCCGAGAGCAAGAGGAGCCUCAAGUACACUGCCCGUGCUCCAGAUUUCCGUGUGUACUACGAUCUAGCAUUGGCCUCGGGUGGCUCUGCUAUCGAGGUCUCCAAGUCCAACCUUCCCCAGGCUACUGAAAUCAUCGUAGAUACUUCCACAUCUGCCCUUGUGACAAUUAUGCAACGGUCUAGAAGCAAAGCUGAGACUUUUUCUUUCCUUCUGGAUGAGUCGAUCUCCAACGUGACCUUGUACGUCACAGGAAAUUCAAUUACCUUCACUCUAAAAAGCCCCACAGGUGUGACUCAGAGUUCAUCACAGACGAGUGGACCUCUGGGAGAAGUUAAAACUGUGGGCAAUCUCAAACGCAUCCGACUCAACGCAGUUAACCAGACAGGACUGUGGGAGAUCCAAAUGAAGUCCUCGAGCUCCUACACUGUCAAAGUAACUGGUCAGAGUGCCAUCACUUUUGUUUACGAUUUCGUGGAGACAUUUAAGGGUCCUCACCCAGGCUAUGCAGUCAUUGAGGGGCGUCCAGAGUCAGGUAUGCCAACCAUGUUGCUGCUGACCCUGAGCAGUGCCAAGGGGCCGGGGCAGCUGAAGGUAACCGAAGCGGCUCUGCUGGAGGUGUCUGGAUCAGGUGUGGCCAACGGGACGGUCGAGCACAUGGGCGAGGGCAACUACCUGGUGUCUGUGGAGAGUGCACCGGCCGGCGAGUUUGUGGUGCUUCUGAAGGGGCAGGACACAGUCACCUCCAGCCUCUUCCAGAGACAGUCCACCACACAGAUGGCCGUGACACCACUCACAAUUAAGGUUGUGGCUGAUAAAAACAUGGAACCAGGAAAGCAAUUUGAUGUACCCUUCACCAUCCACAGCAGUGUGCCAAGUACCAAGUUCAACAUACGAGCAAGAAACGACAAAGAUUUUGCCAUGAAUGUCCCUUCAAGUGUUACACCCGUCGGUGGCUCAACAGCUGAAGGAGUUUUGAAGAUCACCAGCCCUGCUAAUACUGCUUCAGGCACAGACGUGACACUAACCAUUGAUGUAGAAUCCGCUAGUGGUGCUUCUGACUCAAAUUAUGUGGUUGUGCGCCUAUCAGUGGUCAAAAAGGUUACGGAUUUCACCCCACCAUUAUGCACCGUGGUAAACGUCAACAACAGCUGCCCAGCCAACUGCAGUGAAGCCCUCUGGAUGGCCACAGUCAGCAUCACCGAUGGCAAUGGCACAGGAGUGGAGAACAUCUGGCUGCAGCAGGGUCAGAUGGACCUCGUCUCCACCAAUGAAACGGAGGCCGAUGGCGUAACGGUCCUCUUCAACUCGUACCAGGUGGCCUGCUGCACCCCUGAUCUCCAACUCACCGUCACAGACAAGGAGGGCAACGUUGGCUCUUGCUUCCACUCCAUCCGGCCUCCGACGACGACACCCAUUCCCCUCACCACACCUCACGGUGGACAGCCGUCCCUCGGCCUGGCAGCGCCCCUGUGGCUGUGUUUGCUGCUGUCUGCUACUGCUGUGCUUCGAGACAUAACGCCGUUCUCACUAUGAGAUCACCACAUAGUUGCCUACCAACUCCAAAAAUGGGCGAAAGAUUAUUUGGUAAUUUAUAUGGUCCGAAACUGAUACUGCAGCCUGUUGAUAAAACAGUGACCAUAUCCACUAACUUCGAAAAAGCAUUACUGCGGCUCUCUUGAAAUACUGACUAUGGACUGGUUGUGUGAUGUACAGUACACAGUAUCAACACAAAGACUGGUCAUUUAAAGGUGCACUGUGUAAUAUAUUUAGUAGUUCAUUUCCAGAAUCCAUGCUGCCCAUUCACAAAUAGUACCUUUUUUAUGAAUACUUACCACCACCAUACAAUUCUAAAUAUUCAUUAUUACUGGGAAAUCGCACUUUUAAUACAUUAAAAGUGGAUCUUCUCCCUUGUCCGCCAUUUUGAAUUUCCAGAAAAAAAAAGAAAAAAAUUUUUUACUGCAAAACUUAAAGUGCUUUGGUCAUAUCAGUAAAUAUUAGUUUAUUACUCAGUAAAUACUCAUGAAAUGAUCAAAUUUGUCAAUGGACAGCAUAGUUGCAAUACCUACUCUGGCCACAAUCUUACACAGUGCACCUUUAAAGUCCACUCUAACUUAAGCAAUGCAUAUGAUAUAUUUGUUUUGGCCUAAUUAC